AUGACCGCUGAAUGCACUAGAUUUUUCCAGUUUCUCUAUUGUGGAGCAACUCCGGGCAUGUCACACCCCUCCUUUUGGGCACAUAUCCCCCCCUCCUCACUCCCUCCCAACCUCUUCAACCGCUUACAAGCCCCCUUUUCACUCUUGGAAAUUAGCAAAGCCAUUGGGCAACUCUCCCAUGGCAAAACCCCCGGCCCCGAUGGCCUUCCGGGGGAGUUAUUUCGACAUCACAAGACCCGUUUCGCUCCUGCUUUCCAUUCACUCCUCUCUUCUCCUCCCAUCUCGGCAGCCCUCCCGCCGUCAAUGCUCUCAGGCCGCACCAUCCUAAUCCCUAAGAGAGGCAACUCUUCUCUAGUUGAGAACCUUCGGCCCAUCACCCUCAUGAACUCGGAUUAUAAGGUGUUAGCUAUCUGCCUUGCUAAUCGAAUGCAACUUGUUCUCCCAAGGCUUAUUCAUCCCUCACAGACCGCUUUUAUCAAAAACAGGAAAAUUGGUGAUACGAUCAACGACACUCUCGAUAUCUUUGACUGGAGUACAACCACCCGGUCCCCCCUUCUCGCUCUGACUGUCGACUUCCGCAAAGCCUAUGAUAUGGUCGACUGUGCCUUCCUACUCCGAGCGCUCGCUGUUUUGGGACUUCCCGAGCAGUUUAUCGCCUGGGUCCGCCUCAUGCAUACCAACACCUCCACCCGUGUCUCGGUCAACAACCUUGCUGGGCCCUCCUUCCCCGUUCGCACGGGGGUCCGACAGGGAUGCCUUGUCGCCCCCCUCCUUUUUGUUUGUGUCAUCGAAAUCCUUCAGCGCUACCUCUCCCUCUUCCUCCCGGGGUUCCCCCACUCUGCGACGCAACGCCGACUCAUGGCAUGUUAUGCUGACGAUGUCACUAUCUUUCUCUCAUCCGUCAGGGAGCUUGAGACCACACUUAUACAACUUCGGGUUUUUGCCGCCGUCUCUGGCGAGCAUCCCAACUGGAAUAAAUGCUCAAUAAUUCCCUUCUUCACUGACCCGGCACAGAUCCGCCUGGCUGGCCCCAUUCCCAUUCGCACACCCCAAGACGCAGAGCGCAUUCUUGGUAUCUACGUCGAACAAACACAACCAGGUGCUACCACCUGGUCCACGACCCUUUCGCGCAUCCAGCGUACGGCAAAAUUCCUUGCAGCCCUACGCGCUACUGCCACCUGCCGCAAGACGCUUGUAUCGGUGUUCCUUAAUUCCAUCCUCUCCUUCCCUGGUCGCUUUCAACCCCCCUCCCCUGACAUCAUAAAGCGGCUCGACGUCACAGUCGGGAAUUUCCUAUCCUCUUCGAGAUUCAAGGAACAUGGCCUUGGGGUCCGCCUCAUCCCCAACCGCCUCCUUUACAACUCCAUUCGUCACGGUGGUCUUGGGGCAGUUGCCCCCUCCACUCAAAUUCGCGCCCUUGCCACCCAGCGUGCAUUGCGCCGCUUUGGUGUUUCACCGUCAGAGGAGGUGGCGAGGACCGCCGUCUGUCUCCCUUUCGGCACCCAUUGUUUUCUAGCACACCCCGCCAUCCUCCAAUCGGGUAUUCUUCCAGAGGACACUCCGAGCCGAUCGCUUGCUGAACUUGAGGCACUAAUCGACAUAUCUCCUGGCAUUUCCCCUCCUCGCCUUAACCCAAUGUGCAUAAUGGCCGAACCCACCGCCUUCAACCGAUUCAUUCUCAAAUCAAAUGGGAAGCCAUUUGGAAUUCUUCCGCGUGAACGUUUCCUCCUGUCCUCGCAAGUUCGUGUCGGCAACUUGGUAUCAAUCAUUUUCUACUCACUGGGCCUGGUCCGUUUCAAGGACUUUAUAUCCUCGUGCUCCUCCGCAAACACCCCCUCUGGACGACGGGUCUGGCGGGACCUUAUUCGCGCCAUCCCCAAGACCUGGUGGGUGGCUCUUCGCUCCCCCCCUCUCCCUAUUGCUGUCCCUGGGGAGUGGUUUCUCCCCACGAAAGACGCCGACUCUUCCCCUACACUCGCUCUCCAAGUUACCUCGUUUUCCCCCCCAUUCUCACUCUCUGCCACCCUCCACCGUGUCCUCCCCAACCGGCUCAUUGUCCGUUCAUCCAUCGGAGGUGGCACCUUCCACAUAGGUGACCUCACCGCGGUCCACGUCGUCGGAUCCUGGCUUGCAGGUCCGUACUAUACAGGUGCAGGUCUCGGCGCGCGGCUCGACAUCUUACAAGACGGGUGCCCGAGUGUUGCUGAUCUUCGCCGUCGCCUCUACACCCAGCGGCCCUUUGACCAUGACGCCCGUUGGAUCAGCGCCCUCCCCUCUCCUCCCCCUCUUGUCCCGAACUACUCCCAUGAUUUUUUACGAGAACAACCCAGCCUACAGCGCGACAUCCUGUACCGCUUUUACACUCGUGCUCUUCCCUCGGACUCUCGGUUCCCUUUUGCUGCUGAUCGAGGGACAUGCUCACUUUGCCCUACUGCUCCCAUUGAGACUAUCUCCCAUAUCUUCUACGAAUGCGGGGUGGCUCCUGCGGUGAUUUCCGCCCUCUCAUCUGUCGCUCGCCGCCACCUCCACUGCUCUCCUCCUCCUGAGCUCUUGCUCUUUCCGCUCGCCUCGAGGGCCGGCCAAGUGGCUCCCUGGAGCCUUCUGGUAGGCACGUCUGCAAAGGCCAUUUGGAAUGCGCGCUGUGAUCAUAAAUUCCACGACUCACCCUCCUCCCGUUUCGAUUUUCUCCAGUUUAUCCUGGCACAGUUCCUCCUAGCUUUCAAAAUUUUCCUCUGGCGCAGGAAAAAACAAUCAAUUAAGAAACAGCAACGCUCGGCCUCUCGUCUUAAGCUGGCCACCCGACUACGCUUCUUCAUUUUUUAUCAUGACGGCAACCCUUCUAUCCACCCAGAUCUUCGCUCGUCAUGGCUUCUUGGAGACCCCUUUCGUCCCCCCUAG